AUGCCAUCAUCUGCAGUACUGUGCAAGUGGGCUAUCUGCACAUCCCUGAUUCUCAUCCAUAUACCAGGGACUUAUGGUUCAAUAGUGAAUUUUCAGAAGACGUGCAUAUGUGCCAGUAACAUUGUCAGCUGCUCCAAAAUGAACUUAUUAACUAUUCCUACUGACUUGCCAGAAUACACAGAAGUGCUUGAUCUGAGCUACAAUAGUAUAGUUAGACUUCGUGCAGAGUGGACCACAUACAAACUUCCCAAACUUCACAACCUGUUACUAAGCCAUAAUGGUUUGAAUUUCAUCUCCACUGAGGCGUUUGUUUAUGUUAGAGAAUUGCGCUAUUUGGACUUGUCCUCCAACAAAAUACGGCAGUUAGACGAGUACAUCUUUGAACUGCUUGACAAUCUGGAGGUGCUUCUGCUCUACAACAACCAGAUCUCACAGAUUGACCGUACAGCCUUCACAGGCCUCAACAACCUGCAGAAGCUCUACCUGAGCCAGAACCAGGUGUCACGGUUUCCCCUUGAGCUGGUAAAAGAUAAGACUCGGUUGGAGAAGCUGAGCUUGUUGGACUUGUCUUCCAAUCGAAUCAAAGUCCUCCCCACACAAGACCUGCAGGGCCUGCCAGCCUGGCUUAAAAAUGGACUUUACCUCCACAACAACACUCUCAUCUGUGACUGUGAACUGUACAGCUUGAUAGUAAAGUGGUACAUACGACGGCUAAACUCGGCCAUUGAUUUUAAAGAUGAGUACAAUUGCACCCAGCCAGGACCUGAUAAGAAAGUCUUGCGUGUUUUUGAACUAAAUGUGCAUAUGAAUUGCAGCACAUUUAACGAGUCAGUAAAGGAAACCUUUCUAGAGCAGACUCUGAUCCUCAACUGUGACACACGCAAUCAGGACAUGUCCAAGACUUGGAUGUUACCUGGCAACGUAAUAGUAUCAGCUGGAAAAAACCAGUCUGCAGUAGUUCGAUCAGAUGGAAACCUGGAAAUUAAACCUGUAAGACUUGAGGACUCUGGUCAGUACACUUGCCAUGCUGUGGGUGAGUACCUUAACGAAACCCUGUAUUUCUGGGUCAAGGUACAUAACUUUACUCUUAAUGGACAUAGUGAGACCCUCAAUACAGCAUACACAACUCUGGUGGGCUGCUUGGCCAGCGUGGUCUUGGUGCUUAUAUAUUUGUACCUGACCCCUUGUCGGUGCUUCUGCUGUAUGGGACACAGGAAAUCACAGAACCAUCAUGAGGACAGUAUCCAUUCAUCCAUGCUAAGCGUCACACCAACUCAUGAGGAUCCAGCAAACAAGGCAGAGCCCAACAGGCAUGUUGCCUUCAUAGACCCUAAAGACCUGCAGGGUCAGAAUGGGAAAGUGAACCGCAAUGGGGAGGAGGAGCUGGAUGAUGAGGCUAGGCAGGGAAAAGGAAGGAGAAAGAAAUCAGUGGCGGACUCUAUUAGUUCAGUCUUCUCUGACACACCCAUUGUGGUCUGAACGGAUGCUAUCAAGGUUUCAAACCGGGAGGGGCUUUUCAUCUGAUGGAUUAAACUGUAAGAGACAUCGAUCUGUUCUGACAUCUGUGCAGGAGCAUCAGAGAUGAAGCCUGGAACCUUUACAGUGGCUUAUUAAAGCUAGUGAUUUAUUUCUUAUCUUUGAUGAGGACAAGAUAGAAAAAACCUU